AACUUGACGAGUUUAUCUGUUCUUCAUCUCUUCGAAAAUGCACUUUCGGGACCCAUACCUUCAGAAAUCGGGAGGCUCACUUCUCUUACCAACCUUGACCUAUCAGCCAACAAUCUAAGCGGCUCAAUUCCUUGCUCCAUCGGAAACUUGACAAGUUUAUCUCUUCUUCACCUCUUUCAAAAUGGACUUUCGGGACCCAUACCUUCAAAAUUCAUAAGGCUCACUUCUCUUACCAACCUUGACCUAUCGUCCAACAAUCUCACCGGCUCACUUCCUCGUUUCAUUGGAAACUUGACGAGUUUAUCUCUUCUUUACCUUUCACAAAAUGGACUUUCGGGACCCAUACCUUCAGAUAUUGGGAGGCUCACUUCUCUUAUUCAUCUUGGUCUAUUAUCCAACAAUCUCACUGGCUUAAUUCCUAGUUCCAUCGGAAACUUGACAAGUUUAUCUUUUCUUCACCUUGGUUACAACAAAUUCUUUGGUUCCUUGCCUUCUGAACUUAAUAAUUUAACACGUUGGACAGUUUUUCAACUAUAUAAUAAUGAACUAGAGGGGGAAUUACCGGGAGAUAUAUGCCUUGGGAGAUCAUUGCGAUAUUUCUCCAUCAGCAAUAAUCAGUUUACAGGUCCCAUCCCAACAAGCUUAGAGAACUGUAGCACAUUAAUUAGAUUGAGGCUAGAUGAAAACCAACUUACUGGAAACAUAACAGAAGCUUUUGGAAUAUAUCCACAUCUAUAUUUUAUUGACUUGAGCCACAAUCAUUUGAAUGGCAAACUUUCGUGGAAAUGGGCGCAUUGUCGUAAUUUGACGAGCUUAAGCAUGUCAAACAACAACAUUUCUGGUGGGAUACCCGCAAUAUUUGGAAGGAUGGCUCAGUUGCAGUCACUGAACCUUUCUUCAAAUAAUUUAAGCGGAGAGAUUCCAAGGGAAUUGGGCAGCUUGUCGAUGUUGUUUAAACUCGAUUUAAGCAGCAACUCAAUUAUGGGAAAGGUCCCGACUGAGAUUGGACGUUUAUCCCAUAUAGAAUAUCUGAACUUGGCAUCAAACAAUUUAAGCGGAUCGAUACCGAUACAGCUAGGCUCAUGCAAAAGCUUGUUGAGCUUGAACUUGAGCAGAAACAAAUUGUGGAGAAGCAUUCCUCUUGAGAUAGGCAACGCACAGUUCCUUGAGGUUCUUGACUUGAGUAAUAAUUUGUUGAUUGGAAACAUACCGGGAGUACUUGGACAAUUGAUAAUGCUGCAAGUUCUAAUUAUCUCCCACAACAGGCUUUCUGGUUCUAUUCCACAUACUUUUAGUAAUAUGUCAGGCUUAACUUCCGUUGAUUUAUCCUACAACAACUUGGAAGGUCCUCUCCCAAAUGUCAAAGCUUUCAAUGAGGCUCCAUUUGAGGCAAUUCAGCAUAACAAAGGGCUCUGUGGAAAUGUCGUUGGCUUACCGAAAUGCAAUUCUACCGAGAGCAAGAAACGCAAUCGAUACUUUGGAGCAAGAAUCAUAGUAAUCCUCAUUCUCUCGUUCUUGGGGUUUCUCCUUCUCUCUUGCACCUUGAUCUUUCUUGUAAUCAUCAAUCAUCAUCGAAGAAAGAUUAUCAAGAGAGGCAACAAUGAACAGGCAAAUGAUUUGGAUUUUUUCCGUAUUUUGAGUUAUGAUGGCAAAGUUUUCUACGACCGAAUCGUUGAGGCCACGGAAGGAUUUGACUCCAAGUACUAUGUGGGUGAAGGAGCAUAUGGAAUCGUUUACAAAGCCGAGAUAUUAGAAGGUCAAACGAUUGCUGUGAAGCAAAUCUCUUCAUCCCAAGAAGAUAGUGAGAUUGUUGAUUUGAUACAAUUUGAAAGGGAAAUUCAAGCCUUAACAAACUUACGCCAUCGCAACAUCGUGAAAUUUUAUGGAUUCUGCUCUCAUGUCCAAUGCCGUUUUUUGGUGUAUGAGUACAUGGAAAGAGGAAGCUUGAGAACAACUUUGAACGAGGAUGAAAGAGCAAAAGAAUUUCAAUGGGACAAGAGGGUAAAUGUGGUCCGAGGAGUUGCGGAUGCAUUGUCCUAUAUGCAUCACGAAUGUUCACCUCCGUUGAUUCAUCGAGACUUGACCAGUAAUAACAUUCUAUUGGAUCGCGAUAAUGAGGCUCAUGUUUCCGAUUUUGGCACCGCAAGGCUAUUGAGGCCAGAUUCAUCAAAUUGGACUAAUAUUGCUGGCACUAUCGGAUAUAUUGCUCCAGAGCUGGCUUAUUCUACAAUUCCUACCAAAAAAUGCGAUGUGUAUAGCUUUGGAGUCGUCGCAUUAGAGACAAUCAUGGGAAAGCAUCCAGGAGAUCAUGUAUUUCAGGAAUGUUCAUCGUUUACCCAAAUUGAGUCACCGAUGUUGUUGAAGGAUGUGCUGGAUCAACGUCUCUUGCCUUCUAGACUUCGUCUUCAAGAUGCGCAAGAUGUGGUCUCGAUCGCCAAGCUAGCAUUCGCGUGCUUGCAAACCGAUCCACGGCUUCGACCGACCAUGGCACAAGUCUCGCGUGAGCUUCGCGUUCAAGUACCACUAGAAAUGCCACUCUCUGCAAUCAACUUAGAGCAACUUCGCGAUCUCAGUGUAAGGAAAUUUGGAGCAUUUGCAGUAUAUGGUGAGUUUUGAAUUUGCUUUCCACGUGUUUUUUUGUUUGGUUCGUAAUAAUGAUGACCAUCGCCUUAUAAAUAUCUUCUUGGUUCGCACUCAUCCCAACUAUGUGAUUUAUGAUUUUCACUGCAGAGCUAGCUUCUCUUUGAUCGUUAU